AUGUCUCAAUUAUCUUUUAAGGAUAAAGUUGUCAUCAUCACCGGUGCCGGUGGUGGUUUAGGUAAAUACUACUCUCUUGAAUUUGCCAAAAGAGGUGCCAAAGUUGUUGUUAACGAUUUAGGUGGUUCUUUAUCAGGUCAAGGUGGUGAUGCUAAAGCUGCCGAUGUUGUCGUCAAUGAAAUUAAAGCCGCUGGUGGUAUUGCCGUUGCCGAUUACAAUAACGUUCUUGAUGGAGCUAAAAUUGUUGAAACUGCCGUUAAAAAUUUCGGUACUGUUCAUAUUGUUAUCAAUAAUGCUGGUAUUCUUAGAGAUGCUUCAUUUAAAAAAAUGACUGAAAAGGAAUUCCAAUUGGUUUUAGAUGUUCAUCUUAAUGGUGCUUAUCAAGUUACUAAAGCUGCUUGGCCAUACUUUAGAAAACAACAAUAUGGUAGAAUUAUAAAUACUUCAUCUCCUGCUGGUUUAUAUGGUAAUUUCGGUCAAGCUAAUUAUUCCGCUGCUAAAUCUGGUUUAAUUGGGUUUGCUGAAACUUUAGCUAAAGAAGGUGAUAAAUAUAAUAUUAAAGCCAAUACUAUUGCUCCAUUAGCAAGAUCAAGAAUGACUGAAUCAAUCUUACCUCCUCCAAUUUUAGAAAAAUUAGGUCCUGAAAAAGUUGCUCCAUUAGUUUUAUAUUUAUCUCAUGAAGAUAAUGAAUUAUCAGGUCAAAUCUUUGAAGUUGCUGCUGGUUUCUUUGCUCAAAUUAGAUGGGAAAGAUCAGGUGGUAUUUUAUUUAAACCAGAUGCCAGUUUUACUGCUGAAGUUGUGGCUAAAAGAUUUGAUGAAAUUUUAAAUUUUGAUGAUUCUAAAAAACCAGAAUUAUUAAAAAAUCAACAUCCAUUCAUGCUUAAUAACUAUAAUGAAUUAGUUGCCAAUGCUAGAACUUUACCUCCAAACAAUGCUGCUGGUGCUCCAACUGUUUCUUUAAAGAAUCGUGUCGUUUUAAUCACUGGGGCCGGUGCUGGUUUAGGUAAAGAAUAUGCUAAAUGGUUUGCCAAAUAUGGUGCCAAGGUUGUGGUUAAUGAUUUCAAAGAUGCUUCUCAAACCGUUAAUGAAAUCAAAGCUGCUGGUGGUGAAGCUCAUCCUGAUCAUCAUGAUGUUGCUAAAGAAGCUGAAGCUAUUAUUGAAAAUGUUAUUGCUAAAUAUGGUACCAUUGAUAUCUUGGUUAAUAAUGCUGGUAUCUUGAGAGAUAAAUCUUUUGCCAAUAUGUCUGAUUCUGAUUGGUUCUCAGUUCAAAAUGUUCAUUUAUUAGGUACUUAUAACUUGACCAGAUUAGCAUGGCCUCAUUUUGUUAAACAAGGUAGAGGUAGAGUUGUUAAUAUUACUUCUACUUCAGGUAUUUAUGGUAAUUUCGGUCAAGCCAAUUAUUCAUCCGCUAAAGCUGCUCUUUUAGGGUUUACUAAAACUUUAGCUAUUGAAGGUAAAAAGAAUGAUAUUAAAGUUAAUGUUGUUGCUCCUCAUGCUGAAACUGCCAUGACUUUAACCAUUAUGCGUGAAGAAGAUAAGAAUUUAUUCCUUCCAGAUCAAGUUGCUCCAUUAUUAGUUUACUUAUCUUCUGAUGAAGUUCCAGUUACUGGUGAAACUUUCGAAGCUGGUGGUGGUUGGAUUGGUAACACUAGAUGGCAAAGAGCUAAAGGUGCUGUUUCUAAGAGUGAUUCUACUACUGUUGAAUUUGUUAGAGACAAUAUUGCUGCCAUUACUGAUUUCUCAUCCGGUACUCAAAACCCAGCUUCAACUACUGAAUCAUCCAUGGCUAUCUUAGAUGCUGUUGAUCCAGAAGAAGAAGAAGAAGAUGUAGAAGAAGUUGAAGAUGAAGAUGAUGAUGAAGAAGAACCUCUCUUUGUUUAUGGUGAUAGAGAAGUUAUUCUUUACAACAUUGGUCUUGGUGCUACUUCUAAAGAAUUGAAAUAUGUUUAUGAAAAUGAUCAAGAUUUCCAAGUUAUUCCAACUUUUGGUCAUUUAGUUACUUUCAAUUCAAUUAAAUCUCAACUUUCAUUUUCCAAAUUAUUAAGAAAUUUCAAUCCAAUUUUAUUAUUACAUGGUGAACAUUAUAUUAAAUUAGAAAAAUUCCCAGUUCCAACCGCUGCCAAGGUUAAAACUGUUUUCACCCCACUUCAAGUUACUCAAAAGGGUACUAACACCAUUGUGGUUCAUGGAUCCAAAUCUGUUGAUGCUGAUACUGGUGAACCAUUAUUCACUAAUGAAGGUACUUUCUUUAUCAGAAAAUGUGAAGGUGAUACUAAAGUUUAUCAUGAAAGAAGAACUUUUGCUACUUUACCAUUCAAUGCUCCAAACGCUGUUCCAGAUUUCAUCACUGAAGUUAAAAUCUCUGAAGAUAAAGCUUCCUUAUAUAGAUUAUCCGGUGAUAGAAAUCCAUUACAUAUUGAUCCAACUUUUGCUGCUGUGGCUAAUUACGAUAAACCAAUCUUACACGGUAUGUGUACUUAUGGUUUAUCCGCCAAGGCUUUAUUAGAUAAAUUUGGUCCAUUCAAUGAAAUUAAAGCUAGAUUCACUGGUGUUGUAUUCCCAGGUGAAACUAUUAGAGUGUUGGCUUGGAAACAAGGUGAUACUGUUAUUUUCCAAACUCAUGUUGUUGAAAGAGGUACUAUUGCUAUUAAUAAUGCUGCUAUUAAAUUAAUUAGUGAUAAAGCUAAUCUUUAA